AUGGGUUGGGCUAGGAGCCUAGAACGAGCCCAAGGCCCAAGUCCAUGACCGGUCCUCGUUACCUUCCUCAACUCACUCAACUCACCGUUUAGGGUUUAUGUCAGAGAUCGGUUUACAGACCACCUGUUCUAACCUUCAAAGCCAUGAAUGCAUCACCUUCACUCACCUUCAACAAUCCCACUGCUACUAUCACUGCUUAAUCAUAAUCCACAUAAAAAAUGAGGUAUUUCCGAUUCAUUGCCCCACAAUUUUCCCGAUUUAGUAAAACCCUAAACCCCCAAAACCCCAACUUCCAAUGCUUCAGAACCUUACCCUACACCACGGCCUCGCCGGAGAUAAGCCAACCUACGCCGGAGCGAGUUUCUGCGAUCGCGGAGGAGAUCUCAGGUUUGACGUUGCUCGAGGUAACGGACCUGACGGAGGUCCUCCGUGAGAAAUUGGGCGUGAAGGAGAUGCCGACGAUGGUGAUGAUGAUGCCUGGAAUGGGAUUCGGUGACCUAAGGGGCGCUGGGAAAGGCGGUGCCGGUGCGGCGAAGGGAGAGGAGAAGAAGGUGGAGAAAACGGCAUUUGAUGUUAAGCUCGAUGGGUUUGAUGCCGCUACGAAGAUUAAGGUGAUCAAAGAAGUUAGAACUUUUACGGCUUUGGGAUUGAAGGAAGCUAAGGAAUUGGUGGAGAAAGCGCCUACGCUUUUGAAGAAAGGGGUUACUAAGGAAGAGGCGGAGACCAUUAUAGCGAAGAUGAAGGAAGUUGGUGCCAAAGUCUCAAUGGAGUGAGAUUUACAGCAAGGGCAAAAGGAUAAAGAACAAGAAGUUCUGAACUUCUGAGGCUUGUACUAUUAAAGAUGAAGCUGUGAGUAGUAGGAUUUAGAGAGGUGAUGUUAUGCUCUAAUAGCCAUUUCAUCGCCAAGGAAUCAGAAUUCUCACUUUGGUUUCUUCAUAUUCAUAAUGCAAAGCAAUCUUUGAUACAACGCUUUGCUUUUAUUUUUUUUUGUUUCAUUGUAACUUUAGAAAGCAGAUUUAAGGGUAGUUCACAGUUUUUGAAUUCAAUCUUUGAAUCUAAGUUUCCUGGCCUCAAUUAUAAGCUGGUUUUUCCUUUUCCAUGAAUUAAUAACUUGGGAUUCAUGCCAAGUAAUUUGUUCUAUUUUCAGUAGGCAUGUUUCAAAAAAAAAAACCAUGAAGAUAGCAAAAUUUAUUGCAA